AUGGAGGAGGAGGAGCAGCAGCAGCCCCUGCCCGUCUCCAUCAACCCCGAGACCUUCCCGGCCAAGCUGUGGCGGCUGGUGAACAGCCCCCGCUUCCGCUCCGUGCACUGGGACGCCCGCGGCCAGGGCCUGCUCAUCGACGAGCAGCUCUUCGUGUCCGAGGUGCUGGACGCGGGGCCGAGCGGCGAUGCGGCGGCAGGAGACGGCAGCCUCUUCAAGACCAAGAGCUUCACCAGCUUCAUCCGGCAGCUCAACCUAUACGGUUUCCAGAAGGUGUCGAAGGGGCUGGUGAUGGCGCCCGGGCCGGUGUGCAGAGCCGGCGGUGACGGUGGUGGCAGAGCCACCAGCUUCCUGCACCACUUCCACAGCCCUCACUUCUGCCGCAACCGCCCCGACCUCCUGGUCCACCUGAAGCGCCUGACCAGCACCAACAAGAUGAAGCUGGCAGCUGGCCUGGAGCUGCCCGGCCGCCCUGCCAGCCACCUGCAGCAGCUGCCCAGCAAGAUGCUGCGCAGGGACCCACUGCUGCUGCUGCUGCCCUCGUCCUCAGUGCCUGCCAAGGCCAACAGUCACGGACUGCUGACCACGGGAGAGUCUCCUCAGCCUUAUCUCGACACUUUCUUUGCCUACCCCUACGUAGCCUCCUCGCCCCAGCACCACAGCACUUCACCUACCAAAAGCUUCAACCAGCCUCCAGUCCCUUCCAUGUCAUGGCAGAAUUCUCUGGAGCUGCUCCCAAGGCAUGGGGCUCCCCCAACUUUUCCCCAUAAAGGGCUUGCCUUUCCCACGCUCCGGAAUUCUCCAACGGAGGUGACGUACUCGCUCCACACCGUCUGCUCCCUUCUGCCAAUCCACCAAUGGGCUCAGAACAUCAGCACUGCCCUGGCAAAGUACAGCAGCUCCUCACCUUCCCUGCAGUACUCACAAGCCUACUAUCCAACAGGAGCAGCUGGAAAAGGGCUACUGAAUCUGAGCCGGUCACAGCCUGAGGAAGGCCGGAGCCAGCCCCAGGCCCGCCGGCACUGGGUCCUGCGGAACUCCGGGCCGCUGCGGGAUACCGGGCCGCUGUGUGGCGGGGAGCCGAGGGCUGUCCCCCCGGGCAGCCGCUCCCCGCUUGUCUUCCCGGUGCCAUGUCGGUGCUCCCCGCUGAGCCCGGGCCCCGGGAGCCGCUGGCCGCCGGGCCGCGCUGCAGGUAGGAGAGCGGCGGCCGGCCGGGGGAGGGAGGAGGAGGACACGGCCAGCCACAGCCUGCCUGCUCCGCGGGCCGAGCCCAGCUUCUGCUCGCAGUUUUUGAUUUUUCUGGCCGAAAAGCUUUUCCGCGGGAGCUGCCGGGGCUGCCCGGCGGCUGCUGGACGGAUCCGCCUGCCCGGGAAGGGUCCGGCAGGCUGCCGGGCUUCGCUGCCGGCUCGCUGCUGA